GUUGCCUCAUGGUAUCGUUAUUCCUUGCCGGAUGUUUUUUUUGCUUACGUUUUUUUCACGUUCUGAAACAAUGCCAUCGAGUGCAAUUGUCACACACGCGCGCGUGUCAUACCUCGCUGAUAAAGAGAGAGAAAUUGUCUCAUUAUUGCAGUUUGAAAAUUAUAACCUUCAACAGUCACAUGUGGAAAAACCGUUAUGGUUAAUUGGUUCAACGAAGAACCAAAAGCGUAUGAAAAAUAUAACGCCUACAUUCAUUGCCUGGGAAAUAAAUAUCAUUUUACGCACUGAACAUUUUUCAUUUUGCUGGAAUAUGAGUAUUUUCACACAGUGGAUGAACCCAAUAAAUGGUAUUAUAACAUGGGAAGAAAAACACUCAGACUAUGAUUACCACCAAGAAGUUGCCAGAUCAGCGUUUGCUGAUAUGUUGCAUGACAAAGAAAGGAAUAAAAAGUAUUAUGCUGCCCUAAAAGCUGCUAUUGACAAAAAGCACAAAAAUGGGGAAAAAGCAAAUGUAUUGGAUAUUGGAACUGGAACUGGAUUAUUGUCAAUGAUGGCUGCUAAAUGUGGUGCUGACUCCGUCAUUGCUUGUGAAGCUUUCAAACCAAUGGCGCAAUGUGCAGCAACAAUAAUUAGAGAGAAUGGAUUUGAAAAAAUGAUCAAAUUAAUACAAAAACGCUCAACGAAUUUAACUGUCGGAGAGAAUGGUGAUCUGCCACAGCGGGCUAAUAUUUUAGUUACAGAAGUGUUCGAUACAGAGUUGAUUGGAGAAGGUGCACUUUCAACUUUUCACCAUGCUCAUCAAUUCUUACUAGAAGAAAGCAGUAUUGUCAUACCGAGUAAAGGCACAAUUUGGGUUCAAAUCAUUGAGAGUUCGACAGUGAAAGCGUGGAACAAAAUAAGUCCCAUUCGACAUAAAGACAAUAAAACUCUCUUUUUUGAAACAAAUUCUUGUAUGGAUUAUUGCAGUGGAACAGCUACUGUGCAUGAUUUACAACUGAGCUGUAUAUGUCAUGAUUCAUUUACAUCUCUACUACCACCAGUACCCAUUUUUCAGUUUGAUUGGUCUGGAAAAGUUCCUUUGCUGUUUAAUGAAACUUCUUCUGUUCGGGUGAAACCAAUCGUAACCGGUACAGCGCAUGCAGUAUUUAUGUGGUGGGAAUUGCAAAUGGAUACUGAUGGAGAGAUCAGUCUUAGUUGUGCGCCAGUUUGGGAACAUCCCAAUGUCAAAGCAGAAAUAAAGAAAGGUGUUGAUCUUGCCGUAUUAGUCGAGAAGAUACCUUGGCGAGAUCAUUGGAUGCAAGCCAUUUACUACUUACCUAUGGAAACUUCACUACAAAUAGAUCAAGAAGUCACUCUUAUAGGAUGUCACGAUGAAUAUUCCUUUUGGUUCAGCAUGAAAGAUGAUUCAGAAUUAGAACCUAUGGACUUUGAAAGACCCAUUUGUACUUGCUGCCUACAUUUAUCACACUCCAGAACUCGAAUUGGUCAAUUGAACGAUAAAAGUAGAAAUAAUAAGUAUUUAGAAGUUUUGAAAAAGAAGAUCAAUUUUAAUACCACCUGCCUAUGUUUGUCAGACGGAUCAUUAUUGGGAAUAAUGGCUGCCAGACUCGGCGCUAAAGAAGUUAUAAUAUUGGAACCAAAUUUUUUAUCACGUAAAACAAUGGAAAUGUUCGUAGAGGCAAAUUAUUUGUCAAAGCAAGUACAAAUUAUCGAUUCCUUAGAAAAUUUUCCAAUAAAGAAAAAAGUGGAUAUAGUCUUCGGUGAACCAUCCUUUAUCACGUCCAUUCUUCCAUGGCAUAAUUUAAGAUUCUGGUAUCUUAGUUCGAGUUACUUUGUUGGUGCAGAAAAAUUUCCAAUAAGUGCGGCAAUACGAGGUGUUGCAAUGGAUUUUAAAGAUUUACAUAAGAUUAGAUCACCUCUUGGCAUCUGCGAAGGCUUCCAUUUAUCCACUUUUGAUAAAUUUGUACAGGAUUCCUGUGAAAAAAGUGAUUCACCAGUAGAAGCGCAACCUUUGUGGGAAUAUUUCGGACGUGCUCUUAGUUCAACAUUUAAUUUAGCAAGUUUUGACUUGACUAAAAAUGUAAACUCUGAAUAUCAUGUAUCUAUUUCUGGCAGUACUCGUUUUGAAGUGGAUGGAUUGUGUAAUGGCAUAGCCCUGUGGAUGGACUGGAAACUUGAUGAGGAUAUAAGUAUCUGUUCAGGGCCACUUCAACCGGUGCAAGCAGGAGCUUCAGUGAUUUGGGACCCAUAUACGAAGCAAGGUGUUUAUUUACUUGAAAGCGCUAAACGCAUCAAAUCCGUGGACAAGCUUUGCUGGACUUUCGACUUCACUCCAAAGGAAGGACUCAUGAAGUUCGAUUUUUGCAUUAUGGAUGCACCUAAAGAACAUUCGGUUUAAAACAUUUUUAAUAAAAAGGAAACGUCUUAGUACUUUAAAUAUUUAUUGAAAAAAAACCACUCGAAAAACUUCCAAAAGAGACUCCUUUGCUUUUAGAAUUCCUCCGCACCAGAGUUUUUUCUAACAAAUUAAGAAAGUUAAAGAGAGUCCUAAAUCUGAAUAAUUGAGGUGACGGAUGCAACAACUCGACAAGCGCUCGGAACCGCGAAGAAGUAUUGUCAACUUGGGAAAAUCUGUAGAUUAAAAAAAGUGGCCAAAACAUAAAAUAAAAUAUACCAUCGUAUUUAGUUUGGUGCGAACGAUAAAUUUUUCUAAUGAAACUUUUUCAUUUGACAAUUGUUGCUCAAGAUAUACAAUAAAAACUUAGAAAAUUUUCCGAUUAAAAAUCCAUGUUGUAUGAAACAUAACUCACGAUUAUUCGGCUGUUUGUUGAAAAAAAUGCUUAAAAUUUGUAUGGUGUAUUCUUAAUAUGUAAGCGGGGAUUACAAUCAACGCACUUUGUUCAAAAAAAAUAAUGUGUUAGCUUUUUUAAUAACAAAUUAAUUCCGAACGAAAACCACGUUUCGCCAACUUCGACCGGUGGGGAGGUCAUCGAAGAAAUUUUAUUUGAAACCACAUAUCGCGAGAUAAAUGUUUACUAGACUUUGAGACACUUUUCCUAAAAAUUUGAAGAAAAUCGGUCAAAAACUGUGCAAAUGCCAGCGAGUUAAAGUCAACACACGCUUCCGCUGGAGCGCUCCGGUUAUCGACCUUCGUUACUUUAUGUGGCGUUUCGCAAAUGACUUUGGAGUUUUCAAAACAAGUGAAUGCCCAACUUGAAGAACUGGUGUUUUUUAUAAUCAGUUUGCUUAUAGUACACAAAUAUUUAAUAAGCCCAAAAAUAUGAUCUUUUCCUUAUUUAUUUCGUCGAGAAUAAUAUUUUUAAUUCAAUUCUGUGAUGCGCAGGAAAGCAUAAGUUGUUUAGAAUAAAAUGUCCCAUUGUCCAUCGCAAAAAUGUCCAACAAUGAACAUAUUGAAACUGAUCGUUAAAGAACACGCAAAACGGACAAAUA